GUCUCGUCUGGUAGCUGAUGCGGUGAGGUGGUGCAUCUCUGCUCCAGUCAGUACUCUAUGCAACGCUUCACAACCACCUCGUCAUCCCCACGACGUAUAAAACAAAGUGCGACAGUUAUUAAGAUUUGACAGUUGUGUAUAGUUUUUCAAUGUGGGUUUAUUGCUGAAAUAGUUUUGGACAGUUGACAGUUACCUGUACUGGUGUUACCUGUUCAGCUCAAGUUUUAUACGAAGUUCAACUCCUCUCUGCAGGCUUUGUUGCAACGGUUGGAUUACAGAUUAACAGCACACAGUUUAUGCAGCAAAAAUUGGAAACGCCCAAGAGCAGGAUGAGUAAGCAGGUAGCCAAAGAUGGUGGGGGAAGUAAUGGGGGACCUGCAAAGAGCUGGGUGCAGUUUGAGGAGGAAGAUGGCAACCAACAGUCGCUGGCCAAGGAUGGCAACACACCUGCGGUUAUUGAUGCCCAGUCAGUCCAAGUGAGCUUGGAGAACCACAAUAGUCCAGAGAAAACCUUGACGAAAACUAUGUCAGAACCAGCCAAUGGUGUUCGCAAGCAUUCUGUUACGUCUCCAACAACGCCCACCAGCAUCACUUCAAAUACGGGAGAUACUCGAGUCACAAUGUCACAGCUCAGUGCUUCACAGCUUCACAAUGUGCCACUACAUGACCCUUCACUGUCACCUCCAGCAAAUGCUCAACCUGUAAUCAGACAAGGCUUUGCUAAUGGUGAUGUGAUUGUAACAUUAUUGCCCCAGAACACUUCAAUGCCGUGGAUUACUCCAGCCCAGUUUCGGCCAGAGUUAGUUCCAGAAGAAUUGAUGGCACAAGGGUUGACGUUGACGGUUGAAGACUACGUUCAUAUAAUGUCCCAGCUUGUUAAUGACUACCGAUUCACUCUGUAUAACGUGUGCUACAAACGUAUUUUGAUGGCUUGGAUAUUUCUUGGGUUCGUUAUUCUGCUGUGUAUUCUCUUCUCGGGACUGUCACAACUUGCACUCUUUGGAGCUGGCAUUGCAUGGUUAAUGAUAAAUGCAGCAGCUAUAUUUUUCUGCAUGUGGGUCAAAAUUAAGCUUAAUAAGUCUCUGGAACAGUGCUUAGCAGAGAUCAACAUUCAACUGGUACGCCAUAAAAUCAUCUUGGGCCUUGAUGACCGGGGUAAAUUGUCUUGUCAUAAAGUCAAUCUUUGUUUCAUCUACUUCGAUACACACGACUGUUUGGCAAAAUUGCAAGAAAUUAUUGAGCAGGAAGAACGGGCUGGACGUAAUGUUAAUAAUGAUGAAACUAAGAUGACACCACUUCGUGAACGCUUGGACAUUGACGAUUCUGACAUCAUCAUCACUGGAGCAACAAAUAGACGCAUCUCACGGCAACAAGACAGAGCUCGUUUACUUUUGGCACGAUAUAGCCAGCGGUGGGUGAAAGCUGUAGCUCGGGGAUCUUUGUCUAUUGUCCUUGGACCUAAUGAAGCCACCAGUCCUCCUCCAUUACCUCCACGCCAUUGUUCCACUAGACAAUGUUUAUGUCAAUAUAUUGAAGAUCAUCUCCACUACAAACCUCAAGGGGAAUGUCUAUUGUGCGUGCAGAUGGCUGAUCAGAUGCCGUUCUUUAGUGCUGCGUGACUGCUGUCAUUGCAAAUUUCUAGUAACUUGCCAAAUUCAGUGGCAAGUUAUAAGACUGAACAUUUAUUAGUGGUCUCCACCAUCUUUAUAUUAUUAAUGGGAGUAAGAUUGACAUGGUCUUUGUAUUGGAAGUGAAUUUAUAAUUUGCCUGUUAUUUUUCAGUUUUUGCAAUUACUGGACUUGUAAGACCUGUUAUUAUAAUGCCCAUGUAUGAUUCCUAAUAAACAAUUUUAAAUAAUUUUUUGUUUACACACUCCAACAGCACAUCCAUUAAAAUAAUUUGUUUCUAUUCACUCUUAUAUAACACGCUCACACAAAUAUGCUGGAUGCUCAAGCCCUUAAAACUCCAAGCCUCUUUUACCCCCUUCCUCCAACUGUUCUUGGGAUGACCCCUACCGUCCUGCAAUCCACCCCAGAUUUAUGCACCCUCUUUAUCAUUCUAUCCCUCUCCAACUUCUUUACAUACCCCAAAUCACCUCAAUAACUCCUCCUCAGCUCUUUAAAGUACAUAUACCCUUUGUGACCCCACAUUGUCUAUUAAUUUCUACUUUGAAUUCUCUGCAUUAUGUUGACACCACACAUUGCUCUCAAACAUAACAUCUCCACUGCCUUUAGCCCCCUCUCACUACAGAGUUUAAAACCAGUGCCUCACACCCACAUAAGUUUUGUAACACUAUUCUUGGUACAUUUCCUCUUUUGCUUCCAUAAAUAAGCUCUUUUUAUAGAUGCUUCAACACAUCACCCACCUUUUGUUUUCCCCUCAUCUCGUCUUUCAUAGAUUUGCUUGUUGACAUAUCCACUCCCAUUUGCUAAAUGAACCCACUUCCUCCAUACUACUUCCCUCCAGUCUGAUAUUUACUUUAUCAUUACCCUAACUUUUUGCUACUCUCAUCACUUUGCUCUUUUCUACAUUUGCUUUUAAUUUCCUUCUUUGACAUAUCCUCCCAAACUCGUCCACCAGCUUUUGCACCUUGUCUUCAGAA